AGAAUGCUAUCUAUGGACUUAAGAAGACAGUUCUUCAAGAUGGCUAACUUGUUGUUGUGAUUCAUAGUUUGCAACUAUUAAUUUUCAUAUCUUAUUUACGUUGAUUCGAAUCAGUAGUAAAAUAAGUUGUAGUGGAUGCGGUUUGGAUUUUAGAUUGAAUAUUGUUGUUAGAGUCGAUCGAGUACUGUGAAACUAUUGUAUAGCAAGAUGUCGCUCUUCAAGAAGCCGAAGAAAAACAUACGCAGGCGGGUUGUUGGUGACGAUGAUGAUGGAGGUGUCGAAAAUGACGAUAAAAUGGAUGUGGAAGACGGUGGGCUUCAAGUAGAAGUUAAUGUAAAUUCUAAAGAAAAGAAAGAAUCGAAAAAGCAAAGUAUCUUGAGUUUUGAGGAAGAAUGGAAUGAUGCUGAUGAUGGUGAAGUUUUUCAAGUUAAGAAGUCCAACCACAGUAAAAAGAUAAUGAAACUUCUGGAUCGAGAGAGAAAGAAAAAGAAAGAAAUGAAGAAGGAAGAUGAGAAAGUAGUAAAUGAAACAGAAAAGACAAUUGUGGAUGAAACAUCAGAUUUAGUGCUGGUGGUCAAGAACACGGAGAUGCCUCGCGUUCUGAAUGGCAGAGAGGCCGAGGUCGCUGGAGUGUGUGAGGAUAUCAGCUCCGAGGAGGACGAAAACGGUGGGAGCGGCACGCGACACAAGUUCUCUGCCCCCGACCACGUCAAGCUACUGCUCGAGAGUGGUCGUAUCCCAGAUGCUGCCACCAUUCACGCAGCCAGGAAGAGACGCCAGCUGGCAAGAGAGUUGGGUGGCACUAUUCCUUUGGAAACUUUCAAGAAGAACGAGAAGUCCCGCUUGGUGCGGGAGGAGGACGAGGGAAGCGACGAGGAGAGACUCAACAUGGAUGUGAACGUGGUGGACCGAGACCUCGAGGAGCGUCGGGACGCUUUCAUGGCGGCCCAGGGCAAAGGUGGUGGAGAAGAAAGCGAUAAGGGUGAAGAAGAUGAUUGGGAGUCACAGCAAAUCAGGAAAGGAGUCACAGGAGCACAACUGGCGGCCGUCCAGCAGGAGUGCCUGUACCAGCAGUACGGUGCGGGCGGGCCACCCUUGCCGAUGCCCCCCGCCAUGCCCCAGCCGGAGGUGGCGGCGGUGCCCGAGGUACCUGCCCCCCGCUUGCCCGUUCCCCCCGCGGGCGAGUCCCAGCCGCUCACCUCCCAGGCGGUCGCCGACAGGCUCAAGGAGAGGUUGCUAGCGCUGAAGGAGGCGAACCUCCGGCACACCCAGGACCGCGACCGCGUGGCGGACGACUUGGUGUCCACCAGCACCGACCUCAAGGAGCUGGAGCUAAACGGGCCAGUCCUGGCCCAGAGAUUCAAAUUUUACCAAGAGUUGCGUGGGUAUGUCACAGACUUGGUAGAGUGUCUAGACGAGAAGGUGCCCAUUAUUACAAACCUGGAACAGCGCAUGCUGGCUUUGUUCAAGAAGCAUGCUGACGAACUUUUGGAACGUCGUCGUCAGGAUGUGCAGGAUCAGGCAGAAGAACUCUCCCGUCUAUCCAGGCCGGGAGCGGCGGGCGUGCAGAGGGGCACCCGGGAGCAGGAGGAAGCGCGGACGAGACGCGCCGCCGAGCGCGAGGGUCGUCGCACGCGACGCAGGCGCGCCAGGGAGAUGAAGGCCUCCGCGGCACGCCACGUGGAGGGGAUGUCCAGCGACGACGAGCUGACGGAGCUGGAGGCCACCGCGUUGAGGAGCCAGAGAGAAAUCGUUGAAUCGGACGCACGUAUAGUGUUCGAAGACGUGGUGGAAGAAUUUUGUUCAGUGCGCUCCAUUCUGAAGCGGUUUGAGAAAUGGCGGACAACUGACAUGGACGCCUACAAAGAGGCUUACGUGAAUCUUUGCCUACCCAAAAUGCUUGGCCCCAUCAUUCAGCUCAAGCUGAUCAGUUGGUCUCCCUUGCAGGAAGGCAUGGAGUUUGAAAGGUAUAAGUGGUACAGCAGUUUAAUGUUGUAUGGCUUGAACGUAUCUCAGACAGAAAGUUCACUUAGGCAAGAUCCGGACCUUCUCUUGGUUCCUACUAUUGUGGAGAAAGUCAUUCUGCCAAAGAUGACACGGCUGGUCGAGGUGCAGUGGGACCCCCUGUCCACGUCGCAGACCCUGAGGCUGGUGGGGCUGACCAACCGCCUCGUGCAGGAGCACCCCACCUUGGUGCCCGGCAGCAAGCACCUCAGCAAGUUCCUCGCCGCCGUCAUCGCCAAGAUGAAGGCCGCGGUCGAGAACGACGUCUUCAUUCCGAUCUCGUCCAGGCAGGUGUCGGACUCGAAGGGGAGCAGCGCGAACGUGUUCUUCCAACGGCAGUUCGGCAGCGCGGUGAAGCUGCUGAGGAACCUGCUGAGCUGGCAGGGCAUCGUGGGCGACCACGUGCUGUGGGACGUGGCCCUCAACGCCCUCCUGAACCGCUACCUGCUGGCGGCCCUGCGCAUGUGCGAGCCCGUCGACGCCGUCGACAAGUGCAGCAUGAUCGUCAGCACAUUCCCGAGGUGGUGGUUCCAGCAGUCGACUCCAAUGCCACAGCUUGUGAUGUUUAUUGCACAGAUGAAAACAAUUGCGCAGUGCCUCGACGUCAGUAUCCCUGCAGGAAGGGAUGCAAUGGACCAAGUCUCGAAACUGCUCCAAACACUGCAGCCAGCCAAUCGACCAGUACCGUGAAGGAAUUGACCAGGUGCUGUGGUGGUGAUUGUCAUGUGAACACUGGACUGCGGUCUGAACACACUCGGCAGGCGACAGACAGACAGACAGACAGACAGACAGACACGUCUCCGCAAGCUUGUGAUUGUGCAGCUCCAACAUCCCUUGCUGGCGACGGGAAAACAUUUGCCAUUUGUGGACAAGUUACAACAGUCGCUGCCCCUUACUGGCUAAACUACGUGUUUAGUAGAGCAAUGUGUAAUGUUGUGGUGCAUUCAUCAGUAGUGCAAGGACAUUUUCUUUAUUAUUUUAUAGUAACUAACUGUGCAUUUUGAACAUUUAGGUUUUCAAAGUCUUCUUGUCAAGUUCAAAAUAAAAUAAUUUUUUUUA